AUGGACAAAGUGCGACCACAACAAUAUUCUCUGUCGACAUCAUCCUCCUUGCCCUUGUCCAAAGUUUCUGAAGAUUCUACAAGAUUCAAAAGACGUAGGACCAGGUCCGGAUGUGUUACGUGCAGGGACCGACAUAUUAAAUGUGAUGAGGGUUUACCAAUUUGUAACAAUUGUCUACGACUGAGACGUGUUUGUUAUCGAGGCUUGAGAUUAAACUUUACUCAGUAUACAUUCUACGACCCAAGAAAGGAUAAUCCUAUCCAUGAGAGGAUUCUUGAUGGAACAAUAUUACCUCAUAGAAUACUAGAUCAAUCAAUAACCAUAGCAGCCUUGUACAACGGGUUGGAAAAAUACAGACCGUAUAUGCAAUUACAUUCACAACAAGACUUGAAAGAUUCAGACUUGGAAUAUCAGGACGAUAGCUAUGUACCACUAAACGAUCCAAUAUUUUCUAGCCUAUCCACUAAGUAUCACCCAGAUUUGAGUAGUACACACAGGGUCAAGCUCAACGAAGAUAAGAGUGGUUCAAAAUCGCUGAAUCGGCGAUAUAAUCACUCAUCACCAAGAUAUAUCAAAAACAACUUGAAGACUGAGCAGCCUCUUACGUAUUCCAAUCAAGACGUAUUGAACAUGAUACAUCAACCGCAAAUGGAGACGAACCUACCUUCUUUGAAUCUCACACAACAGCCAUUCCAGAUGCUAAAUUAUGCAGCUCUACCGUCCAUGCAAGUUACAUCCGCCUUACGUUACACAAACCUCGGAAUCGCCAAUCAAAAUACUAUCCCCUUAAAUUACGAUCUUCAACAUUACAUAAACAUACUUGUGAAGGAACAAUUUUACUGGCUACUUGAUCAGUUCAAUGAUUUUAACAUAUGGAAAGCCAUAAUACCCGAAAUAUGUGUUAAAGAAAAGGAUAACUUUUUAUUUUCAUGCCUUAUGAACUGUUCUCGAGAUCCUACUAUUUCAGAUGCAAUAGAUUUGAAGUUUCUCAUAGACUUUCAAAAUUUCAAGUACAACCAAGUAAAGAAUAUCGAACUAAUGCAAACAUCAAAUUUAUCACUUUUUGAAACAUUGUUAAUUAGUAUUUGCUUAGUUUUAUUGGGUAUAUAUUUGAAAGUCCCCCAUGGCAGGCUCACAUCGUUCCAUAAACAAGUUCUCAACAACCAAUCAAACUUGUUUGAUCAACUAUUGGCUAAAUUAUUUAUUUAUUUCAUGCAUUUAGGUAAUUCAGAAAAGUCAUUGGUUAUUUCAUCAUGCAUACAAUCAAUUACAAUUUUGAAAUUCUUCAUGAACAAGUAUUAUGAUUUAGCAUUCCUCCAAAAGCAAUCUGCACAAUUUACAAACAUCGACCCACUUUCCGAUAUUGGUGUAUCCAGUUUUAUCAAAUUCAACUCAUAUGAGAUAAACUAUCUCAAUAUUUCUUACCAAAACAUCGACAUCACAUCACAUCCUUCAAACUCAAACUCAAACUCAACCCCACCGCCACAAGCUACUCAUACACUGCUGCAAAACAUUGACCUCGCAGCAUCAACAAUGCAUGAACAUGGGAUCCAUCAAUCCCCACAAAUAUCAUCAACUGAAACCAGGAAACUAAAAGACUUGUUAUGGUACUUGGUCAAACUUGACUACAUCAUCAACUUCCCAAACGAGACUGUACAAUUUUCAACUUUCAAUAGCGCAGAGCAAGUGCUUGAUCCUCAGUUGCAAAUUACCACUCCUGAACAACUUUUUUCUCCAUCUCAAUCAACACAUUGCCAAUUUAGACCAGUUGUGCGUGCUAUUUUACAAAACUUCACUUUCAAGUUGCUCAACAUGAAUGAUGGAAUGCUUGUGCAACAAUCAAAUUUGAGGAUUCAACAGUGCCUUGAAAUGUCUAGGAAUAAUAGUCCAGAACAUGAGCUAAGUCGACUGCAGUGUAUGCAUUAUUUUGGUUGGACACUACGGUAUGUCAAUCCUAGUUAG